AUGACCCCUAAGGAGGGUACGGGAGUAACCCCAUUUCACUUGGUGUAUGGAGGCGAAGCGGUCGUCCCCGUCGAGAUCGGAGUAGAGUCUGACCGGAUACAGAACUACAGUGAGGACAACGCCAAGCGGAGGCUUUUGGAGCUGGACCUGGCGGGUGAGGCACGCGCUAAAGUCGUCAUCCCGCUGAUGGCCUACAGGCAAAAAAUGCGACAGAACUACAAUCAGAGGAUGAUCCCGAGGUCAUUCCAGGUCGAUGACCUCGUGUGGAAUAAGGUGAAGCCGUUUGGCAACGUCACCAAACUGGAGGCUCCCUGGGCCAGACCCUUUAAGGUCGUGGAAAAACUCCGUUCGGGCGCCUACUACCUAGAGGACGAGAACCAACGACAACUAGAACACCCAUGGAGCACGAACCAUCUCCAGCCGUAUCGAGCUGGAUGA